UCCUUACAUUCUCACAUUUUCUUCUCCAUCUCUCUUAUCUUUUUCUCCUUCUCCCUCAUCGUAGUUUCUUUUCGCUGUUACCAACGAAAACGAUAAAACGAGCUUCACGGCCGGUGCGACCCGAAUCCAAAUCCGGACCUUCAAAGCGGCGGCUCCAAUUAAGCUUCGAAAAUUGGGCCCUCAUUCCGAUAACUUAUCGUCGACAUGAACUUCGAAUCUGUAAGUAUCCGAAUCGCUCAACCCAUUUGAUUGACGUGCAGCUCAGAGUCUUUAAAACCCUAAAAUUGAUUCAUUUUUCGAGCUUUUUUGGUGCUCCUGCGGUUGUUCAACCAUUAAUGGCGGAUUAUCUUUUUCCCUGUUUUUGCAUUUGUUGAAGGGGUUCGAGAUUUUAGUGCUGUUAGGGUUCUUGGGACGCUAAGAAAAUUGGUUCUUGCUAUUCGAUUUUAGCGGCAUAUUAGGGCUACGGUUUCCGAUUGGGAGCAUUGCUUGGGAAGUUUUCUGUGUGAUUCCUAGGGUUUUAAUUGUUCGAAUUCGAGACGGGGAAGAUAGGCGUAUGCUAGAGGAUAAUGUGUAUACUUUGUGUGAUUCAGAAGUGGUCUCGCCGGGUCGCUACAAUGCUUCCUUGGUUAGUUAUUCCAUUAAUAGGACUAUGGGCUCUCUCUCAGCUUCUACCACCAGCUUUUCGAUUUGAGAUAACUUCGCCCAGACUCGCUUGUGUUUUUGUGCUAUUGGUUACUCUCUUCUGGUAUGAGAUUUUGAUGCCUCAGCUUUCGGCUUGGCGGGGGCGGAGGAAUGCAAGGCUUAGGGAGAGGAAGAGGUUUGAGGCAAUAGAAUUGCAAAAGCUGAGGAAAACAGCAACCAGGCGGUGUCGGAACUGCUUGACUCCGUAUAGGGAUCAGAAUCCUGGUGGUGGUCGAUUUAUGUGUUCGUAUUGUGGACAUAUAUCAAAAAGACCGGUUCUUGACUUACCUGUGCUACCGGGGAUGGGACUUUCGAAUUCCGGGAUUAUCAAGGAAUUAGUUGGAAAAGGUGGAAAAAUAUUGAAUGGUAAGGUGUGGUCUGAAAAUGGGUGGAUGUGUGGCCAAGAUUGGUUGGAGAAUGGCAAUUGGGUCAGUGGUUCUAUUGCAGGGAAGUCUGGCUAUUGGAGGAAGGACGGGAGCAGUGUUUUUGGAGGGGAUGAGAAUUGUUUGGCUGAGAAGUCUUAUUCAGGUGUUGUUAUUUUUGCAUGCAAGCUACUGACGUCUUUUUUCUUGAGUGUUCGAUGGCUUUGGAGAAAGGUUUUUAGGAUUAGUGCAUCAGGGGAAGAUGAUGCAUCUGAUGAGCAUAAAGGUAUGUUGGCCAAGAGGGGCGAAAAUGGGACCAACUUGAAUGAGAGUAGAGGAGAAAAAGCUCGCAGAAAAGCUGAAGAGAAGAGACAGGCUAGGAUAGAGAAGGAGCUUUUAGAGGAGGAAGAGAGAAAGCAGAGGGAGGAAGUUGCAAGGUUGGUGGAGGAACGUAGGAGACUUAGGGAUGAGAAAAAGGAAGCAGAAAGAGAUCGUGGGAAAACAUCACCACCUGCGAGGGAGAAAGAUAACAAGAAGGAAGCAGAAAAGAAACGGCAGGAAAGAAGGAAAGAGAAAGACAAGGGUUCUAGCAAGAGCAAUUCUGAUGUAGAAGAGCUGGAAAAGAGAGCAGGUAAGGAAAGUGAACGGAAUCGGGACUUUGACAAGAAGAGUGACAUUGAUCGCCGGGAACAUCUGAAAUCCGGGGUAGAUUUUCUGAAGGGACAAAGCACAGAGACGGCCCAUAGUAUAAAAUAUGCAUCUGCAACCAAUUUUGAUAGGGGAAAUGCUGGAUCCAGGUACCUGGACCGUAUGAGGGGUACAAUUUUUAAUUCUUCAAAGGCAUUUAGCGGAGGUAGUUUCUUUGGAAAGGGUGCUAAUACUACAGUGACAAAUGAAACCAAAUCUAGCAUUUCUGUAGAUCAUGUCCAUAGUCAUGCCCAUAAGAGGGAUUUAUGUCCACCUGACCGUGUAGCUGCGAGACCUCUUAUGAAUGGAGAUGAUAAGAGUAUCCACCGCCCUGUUAACUCAGAACCACAGCCAGGGACUGCACCUAAAAAAUCAUGGCAGCAAUUGUUUACUCGGUCUUCGUCUGUGCCUUCAUCCUCAAGUGCAAAUGUAAUAAGUAGGCCAAAUUCAAAGUUCCAAACAGAAGUUCCUCAAUUAUCUGGUCAGUCCUUGUCAAUGCAAUCAUUUGAUAAUCCAAUCAAUUUUGGGCUGCCAUCACCAUUCACUCUAUCUACUACCUAUCCAAAAGAAUCCUCUACCAGUUUAGGUUUUUCCCCUGCAAUUGAACCCAUGUUCCCUCGCAUUGGAGAAGGGCAUCAUGAACUUAUACCUGAGGAGCCAGAGCUUUUUGAAGACCCAUGUUACGUUCCCGAUCCAGUAUCCUUGCUUGGGCCCGUUUCUGAGUCACUUGAUAAUUUUCAAUUGGACAUGGGUGCUGGCUUUGUGAAAGAUAUGGGAUUGGAGAGGCCUCGCACAUUGAAGAAUGGAUCUGCUUCUUCUGAAGUCAACAAGCCAUCUCCUAUUGAGUCACCGAUGUCACGAGAAAAGCAUAAUAAUUCCAAUCGCUUCCCAAGUACCCCAAAGGCUCAGGAUAUGCAUGCUUUACCCCUAGAUGAUGCAAAUGCAAAUGAUAAGGGAACAUGGCAAAUGUGGAACAGUUGUCCUCUUGGUCAGGAAGGUCUAGGUUUUGCAGGUGGCCCACCGAGCUGGCUUCUACCUCCAGAACUGAACAGAUCUAACAAGGAUGAUCUUAUGCACCCUUCGUCCCAGAAACCAAUGGUGUCACUUUUUGCAACAGAAGAUCAGGGUAUUUCUGGCUCUCAUUCUCCUCAGUCUCGGAGCAUCUUUCUUGGUAAUGGCCAGAAUGGCGGAGCUUUUAGCCCUGUUACUGGUUCCAGUGAUCAUGAUCCUUGGUCACAGAAAGCGUUUUUUCCACCAUUGUCAACUGCUGAAAACCAUUAUCCUCUCAAACCUCCAGACGAAACUACUAAGAAUGAUCUGAUUUUUGGGAGUCCCAGAAGAUCUACCACCAACCAUCCAUUUGAGAUGUCUCCAGCAAAUUGUUGGUCCAAAAAGGAAUGGGAUGAAUGCGCAGCAGUGCAGGGCACAGGGGAAGGUGUUGGAAAGCCAUCUGUGUUGAGGCCUCAUAUCAGGGGACUAUAUCCCACCCCAGAUGUACAGUCGCUUUGGUGAUUUAAUUGAAAACAGAAAAAAUGAGAAAGAUUAUGAGGUACUUCAAAAAAAAAAACCAAGAAAAGAACAGACCUCCUGUACUAGUGAGUGGCAAAUAGCCUCUUUUGGGUGGAGAGUUUAGAAUACUGGACACAUUGUAUCUUCCUGCUCUUCUUUAUAAGGGAGAUUGAUGUUUACUUACAUUAGCGUUGGAUAGGAAUACCCGGGACAUGCAUGCAUUUAUGAUCAGGUAACGGCUACGUGUCACUAUUCCGAUUCAACUAGUUUCUUUUGUUUCUUUGGAGAAAGGGUGGGAAGGCAGAAGGGGGUGUUUCUUCUUCUAUGGAGAUUUCUAAAUUUUGCACAAUGGUUGCUUUGCCCUUCCCUCCUCCCUCUUUGUCAAACUGUGAAUGGGUGUCUUGUAACAUACUAAGGGAACCUGUUUAGAGAAGUAAACAACGCAACUAAUUAAUCCAGAUUAAUCUUUUCUCUUCA